GAGGCCCUGUCUAAGAAUAGCUCGGUGGAAGCAAAGAUACGGAUGGCGACGGAGGAUGCUGUGAAGAAGAUGCACUCCACGGGAUUUGUUUGCAUCUGCCCGAAUCGAAUGCCCCAGAAAUGCCGGACUUGUGCACGUAGAAACAUCGCCGAAAGGCUCCGGGAAGCAGGAUAUAACAGCGCCCUUUGUAAGUCCAAGUGGAGGCGGUCCCCAAAUAUUCCUUCAGGAGAACACAGUUAUGUAGACAUAGUAAUGGAGGCAAAGAAUGGCAAAAGAAGCCCAAUUAGAGUAGUCAUAGAGCUAAACUUCCGCACAGAGUUUGAGAUGGCCAGAGCCAGCCGGGAAUACACCAACCUUGUAAACUGCCUUCCAGAGGUCUUUGUUGGCAAGUCAGAGAAGCUAAAGAAUGUGAUCAAGAUCAUGUGUUCCGCAGCAAAGAAGUGCAUGAAAGAUAACAAGAUGCACAUGGGCCCAUGGAGGAAGCACAAGUACAUGCAGUCUAAAUGGCUUGGGACACCAGAGAGGAUUGCUCCUUGGCCGUUCCACCCAACCCCGGUGUCCGACCGGCAACCAAAGCUUAGAGCUUCGAUGCUGACCUUCGACUUGCACUGCACUGCUGUGGAAGUUGUUUGAUCACCUAAAAUUGUGAAGAAAAGCUUCUUACUUACUUCAUCACCAUCCUCCUCAUCCACUUCUUUCUACUCCGGCUUUGGCGUGUUUGUUCCGCAUUUGAGUGAUGAUCUUGUUAGCGUGAGAGUUGUAAGUAUGUCGAGAAAAUGAAAUGAGUGAAAGUGUGUUAAGUGCUAACU